AUGGUUCGAAAACAUGAGAUUUUGAAAGACAAUGGAAUCGAAAAAUGGACCUUCACUCCAUCCCGACAUGCCGUCCAUGCCCAGCUGGAGCACCAAGAGAUCACAAAGCCCCCAGGACCACAAGGAGAUGCCGCAGCUCUAGGAGCACCAAGACCAGCUGGAUCAAGAGCAGCCCCAGGAACUCCAGAAAGACCAGGAAAAGCUGUAUUCCUAGGACAAUCACGAUCUGAUUUUCAAUCUGAAUCUGGCCCAGGAGCUCCAGGACCUGCUGAACCACAAAGACCACCACAACCAUACGGAGCACCAGGACAUCCAGGAGCGAAUGGAAACCCAGGAGCUCCAGGACAACCAGAGCAAUCUGGAGGAUCCGACUUCCGACUUCCGGGCUUAAAAAUUUCAAUUCCUGACAUCUCUGGUUGGUAUGAAGAACUUCUGAUAUAA